CCAUUUUCUCCCCCGACUCGAUUCGACCCAAAGCGGGCGUAUCUGGCUCGGAGUUGGAAGGUUGACGCAGCGUAACCGAACGCCGCCUCUGGCUUGUCUCCCCUCCGUCACGACAACCGCUUCGGCUGAAUUGAAGGCGGCAGUGGUGCGUAGAGGCGCGACGCGGAAAACAUUCCCGGCCCGGGGCUUUCAAACAUGCUAAAAAACGGACAUCACCAUCACCACCACCACCAUCAUCACCACCGGCUUCCCUCGACCCAGGUGAGCAAGGAUGCUCCGCUCCCGGUCGCCAGCCCCGAGAAGAGGAGGAGAAGGGUCCGCGUGUGGUGCGAUGGAUGCUAUGAUAUGGUUCACUAUGGCCAUUCCAACCAGCUGCGGCAGGCCAAGGCCAUGGGAGAUUAUCUCAUUGUGGGCGUGCACACAGACAGCGAGAUCUCCAAGCACAAGGGCCCGCCGGUUUUCACUCAGGAAGAGCGCUACAAGAUGGUGCGGGCCAUCAAAUGGGUGGACGAGGUGGUGGAGGGAGCGCCGUACGUCACCGCCCUGGAGACCCUCGACAAGUACAACUGCGACUUUUGCGUGCACGGCGAUGACUUAACGCUGACGGUGGACGGCAAGGACACGUACCAGGAAGUCAAAGAGUCGGGACGCUACAGAGAAUGUAAGCGAACACAGGGAGUUUCAACCACAGACCUGGUCGGCAGGAUGCUUCUUAUGACCAAAGCACAUCACAGCAACAUAGACACUUCGGACUACCAGCAGCACACAGAAAACUUUGGGAAGUCCAAUGGUCAGAAGUGUCACAGUCCAUGGACGGGAGUGUCCCAGUUCUUACAGACUUCCCAAAAAAUCAUCCAGUUCGCUUCGGGCCAGGAGCCGCAGCCCGGCGACACCAUUAUCUACGUGGCGGGGGCGUUUGACCUCUUCCACAUCGGCCACGUGGACUUCUUGCGGGCAGUUCACAAGAUGGUGGACAAGCCAUACGUCAUUGUGGGGCUGCACUUUGACCAAGAAGUGAACCGCUACAAAGGGAAGAACUACCCGAUUAUGAACGUCCACGAGAGGACUCUUAGCGUUCUAGCUUGCCGGUACGUCUCCGAGGUGGUGAUCGGCGCGCCGUUCGCGGUCACCAAAGAUCUGCUGGAUCACUUGAAGGUGGACCUGGUGUGCCAUGGAAAGACGCAAAUCUACCCCAACAAUGACGGAUCUGAUCCGUAUGCUGUGCCCAGAAGGCAAGGAAUCCUUCGCAGCGUCGACAGCGGCAACAGCCUGACCACAGACGCCAUCGUGCAGAGGAUCACCAAAAACAGACUACUUUUUCAAGACAGGAACCAGAAAAAAGAAGCCACAGAGAUUGCCGUGAUCCAGGCCAUGCAGCGACACCAUGUGGCGGACCAGUGAUUCGACACCAAAUGAGCCUAAAGUCAAGGGAAUCCUAGCGCAACACAGUGGUCCAGAGUUUAGCUUUGGCUUGUUUUUAGUUUAUUUAUAAACAAGCAAGACACAUUAGAGUUUCUUGCCUUGACAAGAUUGAAACACCCUCAUUUUUACAAUUAUUAUCUUUUUUUCUAUCUGGUUGUUGCUUUCCUACCUUUAUUUCCCAAGAAAAGCAAGCACAAGUCACAAGGUUUGCCUUCAAAAUAAACCAUAAAGCUUUUUUGAAUGGUCAACAACUGGAAUAUUCAUCUUCUGUUUUUUUUUUUUUUUCCACUGCUUGCUUGCCCUGUAGGUGGAGGCUUUUUUUUUCAUCUCUUGGAUCCUCCGUUGUUGUAACCGGACUAUUGUUUUAUGUCUCUAAAACCAGCACUAACUGUGACCCCUGUGGAGACUUUUAACAAACUUGUGACAGGAAACCAUUGUACAAAACUAAUAAACAGGAAAAACAAGCUAUUUUCAGAAUUCUGCUGUGAAUUGGAAUGAGUUUAUCAUUAGUAGACGUCCAAUCCAUUUGAACUGGGAGGGUGGCAGGCUGGCAGCGGUUA